UUUUUUUCGGGUCAGCAACAGUGAAUCAGUAUCGUAUACUAGUACUGUAUGUUAUAACCGCCCUUCUCCCCAAUAUACACCAGCUGGAGGCAACACAGACGACAGAGGGGCUCAGCAAAAACCCAGCAAGAUCCGGCCGGCCGCCAUGAGUGCUCCAGAAACGGAGAGACGACCUCAGGGCGUCAUAGCGAAUGAGGACACGGGGGAAAGCUCUGACGAUCAGAUUCUGGAUGAACAGAAAGAUGAGGAGAGUGAUGCUGGUGACCAGCCUGGUCCCGUAGACCCCGCCCCUCCACAGGAAGGCUUGACUGACACAGUGGAAAAAGCUCUGCCCAUCUCCUCAUUAACACCAAGAUGGCGGAACUGGGUUAUCCGAGGUUUUUUUGGAAUGAUGAUGGUGGUUGGAUUCUUCUGGCUGAUCUGGGGAGGGCCGUUUUACCUAACCUUUGCAGUGAUGACUGUCCAACUGAAGUGUUUUCAGGAGAUUAUCAGUAUCGGCCACAAGGUGUACCAGUCUCACGAUCUGCCCUGGUUCCGCACACUGCAAUGGUACUUCCUCCUCUGUGCCAACUACUUCUUCUACGGGGAAACCAUCACUGAUUACUUCGGCCACUUCUUACAACGAGAGGAGUUCUUUCGUCCUCUCAUCAAGUACAGGAGAUUUGUUGCCUUCACCAUGUAUGUAGCAGGUUUUUGCAUGUUUGUCCUGACACUGGUGAAAAGACACUAUCUGAAACAGUUCACCAUGUUUGGAUGGACCCACAUCACACUGCUGAUUGUAGUGACUCAGUCCCACCUCAUCAUACAGAACAUCUUUGAAGGACUCAUCUGGCUGAUUGUCCCUGUAUCCAUGGUGAUUUGUAACGAUGUCAUGGCAUACAUCUUCGGAUUCUUCUUCGGGAGAACGUCCCUAAUCAAGUUGUCACCCAAGAAAACUUGGGAAGGCUUCAUUGGAGCUUUCUUUUCCACUCUGCUGUUUGGCUGGCUGCUUGCCUACUUCAUGUCCGGCUAUGAGUACUUCGUGUGUCCGGUGGAGUUUGUCGGCCCGUCUGAAUACUCCUGGAUGAUGGAGUGUACACCAGCUCCCCUGUUCCAGCUGACAGAGUACACACUACCCUUAUGGCUACAAGGAAUACUGCACGUGAUGGGCUUGAUGUGGAAGACUGUCAACAUAUAUCCUUUCCAGAUCCACUCCAUAUACCUGGCAACUUUUGCUUCCUUAAUCGGUCCUUUUGGAGGGUUCUUUGCUAGCGGCUUCAAACGAGCAUUUAAAAUAAAGGACUUUGCUGACGUGAUUCCGGGACAUGGUGGGAUGGUGGAUCGUUUUGACUGCCAGUACCUCAUGGCCACCUUUGUACAUGUGUACCACCACAGUUUUAUCAGAGCUCCAAACCCAGGCAAAAUCGUACAGCAGGUUUUGGCGCUACGGCCAGAUCUCCAGCUGGUGGUCUUCAACAAGCUGAAACAGCACCUGCUAGAUGCAGGUCUAGUAGAGAAUAGCUGCUCCUCCUAGGCACUCUGAAUACUUAAAGUAGCUGUGCAGGUUUCAUGGCAAAUUUGCUAAGGCAAGCAGGUAUCAAAAACCACAUUGAAACACUGAUUUUAGAGUUUUUAAGUUUGGCAAUCAAUGACUUUGAAUUCUGAAGUGUAAUAUUCUCCAAUCUGAUCCAAAUGCUGUGUCAAAAUGCUUUUGAGUUUUCAUUGGAACCACAUCUGUUAAAAUAUUACAUGUAUUAUAAGUAGUCUGUAACCGUUGCAGUAAUAUCCUUGAAGUGUGACCUUAUAUAUGUGCUGUUGUAAUACUAUUACAUCAAAUAGGAUGUUGCAGAGUAGUUCUAGGGAUAUAAAGUACAUGUAUACAUGAGAUAUGCCUUCUGUAUUUUUGUCAGUAAGUACUAGUAGAUGAUACCAAGGUAUACAUGUGUACAUACAUGUAGUGAUGGCCAAUAUGUAUUUGUGAGCAUGUAUUAUAUAUGUCUUACAUUCAUGCAUGUCAUGUACAGGAUAUCUAAUUUUCUUCAUGGGAACUGUAAGGUAGAGUAAACAAAGUGUGAGUAAUAAUAAUAUUGCCCGUAGUAAAAUGCACAUUUUAAGCAGUUCUGUUAAAGGCUGGAAAAUUUAACCUUUCAUUCAAACAAAAAGUCAGACCUUGUCUUCUACUUUAAGCUACACAUUCCUUAAGACAUUUUUUCUGCACAAAAUCCAUUAUUUUGAUGCUCAAAUUCAUCCUCAUCCCUGUUUUCCCGAUGUAAACAAAUCUGAAAAAUUCCAUUUUUAUAUGAUUUAUUUCCCAGACGUGUAACUCACCACUUGACUUAAGCUUUCAAAUUGAU